CAGCGGCUCUUCACUAAGUACGACCUGCUGUGCGUGUGUUUGGGUCUUAUUAUUAUUUUCUCUUUUUUUCCGAUGGCUGAAGCUGGCAGAUCUUCUAACAGCCGUACGGGAUCAUCAAGAGAAACGAGGCCGUGUUCUCCUCUGGCUUGAACCUUCUAAAGAAAAGUGAAACCAGCACAUUUUGUUGUUUCUUCUUUGCUUACCCUCACUCAUCCCGCAGCAGCAGAAGUCGACCUCUCCUCUCCUCUCCUCUCCUCUCCGCCGUGUUGUGUUGUGGUCUGUUCAGGAGCCCCGGAAUGGACGUGCAUGCCUUCAACAUGACCUAAAUCUGCCCAGAGAUGUCACUUACACCGCGUUGUCUGAGUUGACAGCACAGGUCGAGUGUGGUGGGUAGAUAGACGGUAUGACUGAGGAGAGAUGUCCUCAGUUGGUGGAUUAUUUCGUGGUGGCGGGGCUGGCGGGUGACUCUGCUCCAGAUGAAGAGUGUCAGCAGAGAGGUGGGCGUGCCGCGGAGCCCGUCACUGACCUGGCCGUCAUCGCCCGCGGCCUCGGCGAGGAGGUGCCCGAAGGCUUCACAUGCAUUGAGAAGACGCAGGGCGGCCACUCGGCCGAACUCAGUGCCGGCCUCAUCAACAACCCACACAUGUUCUUGUGCUACCGCAGAGGCUACGACAAACCACCCAUUCUAGAGCUGGGUGUUCUGUAUGAGGGUAAAGAGCCGGUGAAGCAGGGUUGGCAGGUGAUGGAGACGACACCGUACAGCCGUUCAGCCAGCCUGAGCUCAGGAGGACCCACCACCCACCGGACCUUCCUCAUGUACCGUCGAGCCCCCGACUCGCAGGCCCUCAAUACACUGGGCGUCACCGACAUCUCUCUGCUGAUGCCCAGCAAGGGCGAGGUGGCCCUACACACCUUCUGCAGAGUGGAUAAGAACCUCAACACUGGCAUGUGGGGCCCAGCGCUGUACCUCUGCUAUAAGCGUUCUGUAGCCAAAGCCAACGCCCUAGUGUAUGAGGCAGGUUUGAUCAGCCGCUAUCCUGAGGACGAUCUGGAGUCGUUUCCUCUACCAGACUCUGUCCCGGUCUUCUGCCUACCUAUGGGCGUCACCGUGGAGAGUUGGCCGCUUAACACCAAGUACCAGCUGCCUGUCUUUUCCACUUUUGUUCUCACAAGUGCUUCUGGAGACAAGGUGUAUGGAGCUGCUAUCCAGUUUUAUGAGGCAUACCCACGGGAGGCUCUGUCUGAGAGGCAGCGGGUGCGACUGGGAUUGGUCAGCGUAGUUGACCGCCGGCCCAUCACUAACCGUACAGUACAGGUGAAGAAGAGCGUGUGUGUGCUUUCACACUGGCCUUUCUUCACCGUCUUCCAGAAGUUCCUCACAUUCGUCUAUCGGUACUCCAUCUCUGGACCUCAUGUGCUGCCUAUUGAAAAGCAUAUAUCCAGCUUCAUGCACAACGUGCCCUUUCCCUCCCCUCAGCGCCCACGCAUACUGGUGCAGCUGUCUCCAUAUGACAACCUCCUGCUGUGCCAGCCGGUGUCCUCGCCCUUACCCCUGAGUGGGGCCAGCUUUGUGAAGCUGCUGCAGAAUCUGGGCGCAGAGAAUGCAUGUGCUCUUCUGCUGGCCGUACUCACAGAGCACAAGCUGCUGCUGCACUCCCUGAGGCCGGACGUGCUCACAUCAGUCAGCGAGGCCCUGGUGUCGAUGACGUUUCCGCUGCGUUGGCACUGUCCGUACAUCCCGCUGUGUCCUCUGCGGCUGGCGGAUGUGCUGUGUGCCCCCAUGCCCUUCAUUGUGGGCGUUCACUCCAGCUACUUUGACUUGUACGACCCCCCCUCAGAUGUGGUGUGUGUGGACCUUGACACCAACACCAUUUUCCAAUCGGAAGAUAAGAAGCCCUUGUCAUGGAGAUCUCUACCCAGGAAACAUGGGAAAAUCCUGCUCAACUCCCUCACCAACCUGCACAAAACUCUGGAAAAAAUCUGUACCCCUGGUCAAGAGGAGGCAACUCUGGAGUUCUUGCUGACAGAUUAUGAUUUGAUCUAUGGGCGUCAGAAGCAGCUGGAGCUGGAGAUCCAGGAGGCCUUCCUGCGCUUCAUGAGCUGCCUGCUGAAAGGCUACCGCUCCUUCCUCCUGCCUAUCACUCAGGCUCCUUCUGACAGAACCACCGACUGCAGCUCCCUCUUUAACUUGCAAGGUUUCCUGAAGUCACGAGAGCGGACACAGCAGAAGUUUUACUCUCAGCUCACCAGGACUCAGAUGUUCACGCAGUUCAUAGAGGAGUGCUCCUUCGUCAGUGACAGACACGCAUGCCUGGAGUUCUUUGACGAGUGUGUUCAGAAGGUGGAUGUGGAGAAGCCAGAGGAGGUGAGGCUGAUAGAUCUUGAUGAGGCUCACAGUGGAGAGCACACAGUGUUUAUAAUGCCACCAGAGGAACCUCAGGAACCUGACGGCUCAGAGUGUCCUGCACUCUACAGCUAUGAGACAUUUCCUAUCCUGCAGCCUGAGUUGUUCGACCGGCCGCAAGACCAGCUCCGCACCCCAGCUAAGGGAAGUGCCCCGAACAGCCCUGCCCCUCGUCGCACUAAACAGGAAAUCAAGCUUGCGCAAAAGCGGGCUCAAAAGUACUCCUCAGUACCAGACAUGUGGUCCAAGUGCCUACUGGGCCACUGUUAUGGCCUGUGGUUCAUUUACUUGCCCACAUUUGUGCGGGCCGAGAGCAACAAGGUACGCGCCCUGCACACGGCCUAUGAGGUGCUCAAGCAUAUGGAGACACGCAAAGUGGUGCUGCCGGACGAGGUGUGUUAUCGGAUCCUGAUGCAGCUGUGUGGGCAGUACGGACAGCCUGUGCUUGCUGUCAGGGUUCUGCUGGAGAUGAAGAAAGCUGGAAUCACUCCUAACACCAUCACAUAUGGAUACUACAAUAAGGCUGUGCUGGAGAGUAAGUGGCCAUCCACCAAUCAGGGAGGUCGUCUUCGCUGGGCCAAGCUUCGCAAUGUUCUGUUGGCUGUGGCACACUUCAGGCAGCCAAUAAAACACAGACAAAAGAGUGACUCUGUUAGCUCCAGACAAGGUGACUCCAACUGUAAUCUCCGUCCACACUCCACUCUUAUUCGCCAGACCAGCUGGAGUGGUUUGAGUGAAAGCUCAAGCCAUGAAUCAUUGACUGGUCCACUCACUAAGAGCAACAGUCUGAGCAGUAUGCGAGCUGACAAGUCUAAGUUGUCUAGACAAGCAGUGCUGAAUGCAGGUAUUGAUGACCCUGCUUCUCGAAAGCCUCCUGUUUACCGUCGAGAUACCACCACACCCUCUCCACUGCCCCCUACUGACCGUAUCCUUGUGCGCCGCAGUGAUGUCUGCCUGUCUAACUUCUACAAGGAGUGCGCUGAGCCAGAGACAGACUGCCGAUGCCAGCCGACUGAGAGAGAUAGCAGGCCUGCAGAGCAGCGGGAGACACUGAACCGGAAGGCGGUGGACGAGAACUACAAUAACGUGUCGUCUCCAAGCCGUGGGCUGGCCGGUAAACUGCAGCAGCUGCUCACUCCCACACGACACCGGGCCUCAGGACGCCGUGCAGCCAGCAUGGACGACCGGCGACUCGGCGCUAAUGGCCACUCGCGCAAAGCAGAACAGAGGCAGUCCCGCAAAGCACAGGUGGCUGAAAGUCUGUUGAAGGCCAAAGAGCGACUCUACAAUGCCACUUCUGAGAGCUCAUUAUCUGUGGGGAGUGACAUUGACCUGACAGAACCCCCAAAUUCAACUUUUUCGCUCAGGAAGUCAUGGGAUUCUGCCCAGGAAGGGGCUGGGCUUGAGGUGGUGAUGUCGAGCUGUAGUCUAUGUCGGAGCUGUAACUCACUAGUGUACGAUGAGGAGAUAAUGGCUGGCUGGACUUCAGAUGACUCCAAUCUUAACACCAGCUGCCCCUUCUGCUCAGCUUCCUUUGUGCCUCUGCUUAAUGCUGAGAUCUGUGACAUGGGGCCCGUCAGCAGUCUAGAACGUAGUAACUUAAACUUGGAGGGUGAGGUGGAGAGUGCAAUGAGGCCCCCUGGUGGUCCUGAUGUCUUCCUGCAGCACCUGCAUAAUGGAGUGAAUGAGCAUGACUCCAGUUCAGAGACCAGCACAUACUCUGAGAGCAGCAGUAACACUGUGAGCUCAUCCCUGGGUGGGACCCCUCAGGUGACGGUGGCAUACCUGAGCCCUCUGGUGUUACGUAAGGAGCUAGAGAGUCUGUUGGAGAAUGAGGGAGAGAGCGUUCUCUCUCAGGUCCAGUUGCUGGUCAGCCACUCCAUCCUAUUCUGGAACCUAGCGUGGUACUUCACUCGCCUCGGCCUUCCCAGCAACCUGCUGCAGCUGGUGCGGGUGUCACCAUUAGCCUCGCAGUUUUCACAGAGUUCAGAGAACACUUCAGUAAGGGUGAAGUUAUUGUGGGACACGUUGACACCUGAUACGGAUCACUGGCCCCCUCUCUAUGUGCUCUGGAGAAUACACAGUGGUGUACAGAUGCGUAAUUACAGCUGGCGCAGGCACAACCACCCCUUCACUCUGAGCUUUCUAGAGGAAGUCCUGCGCUGGGUUGGCAUGAACGAGGUACACAAGGCCAUCACGCUCUUCCUGGACACUGUCGCAAAGCAACCCGGCACUCCCCGGAUACAGAGGAGUUUGUACAGGGAAUUCUUGUUUCUCACUCUGGCUGCUAUGGGCAAAGACCAUGUUGCUGCUUUCGAUAAGAAGUAUAAGGCUGCCUAUGCCAGGCUGAGUGGCUCUGUGGGUCGAGAGGAGUUGAGAAGGAAGAGGGCUCAGCCGCCCAGCCCCAAAGCUGUGGACUGUAGACGCUGCUUCCUGCUGCCCCUGGAGUGCUGAGGGCCUUAGACAGACUCAGACAUACACACAAUCUUGUUCUCCUAAAGCUCCUCCUCUCAGAGGCUGCCUUAGAAUGUGUUCUGUGGUCACUAACCUCUCUCCCUUGCCCACCCCUUGAGAACACACCUACACAUGCUUACACACUCCUCAGUAGAUCUUUAUUUGAUCAGAUCUUGAUUUCAGACUCGCGCAUCUCAGAGCUGCGGGCAGUGGAUGGUCAUUUUGAAGUCAUUUAACUACGCCAGCCCUGUGGUAUGGUACUAAGGGAAAACCUUGGGAGUUCCUUGCCACUGUCCACUCUGUGGUUCACUGCUGGAGAGAGCUGCUCACUUUGGUCAGGGACAUGUCAGUGUCGUUUGCACUCUGCUUUGGAUUGAAGCUGUGAAGUGUUUUCUGUUGUUCUAGCAUAAGCUUACUUAUCGAUUGCUUUAGCUGGGCGUUUCUGACCAGAUCUAUAUACCUAGGGUACAACUUAGAGGGUCUAAAAACUAGGUGUUGUUGAGCUCACAAACUAUAUUGAAACAAUAUUGAAACAAUACUGAACCCGCAAUGUCACUCUCCACUCGCUGUGUCUUGUCUUCGGCUUGACUCAUCCAGUCCAGAGCUAGACACAGAAGUCGUGUGCAUGAUUGCGUCAGUGACAUUCUGAUCUAUGCAUUUCGUCAACAUUAGCAGGGCCCUGCAUCACAAUGCCUUCUGCCAACCUCUGCACUCCUGGAUUUGUUUCACAAGAAGGCCUCUUUAACCCUCUACUCCUUACAAGCUUAUCGGCUGUGCAUCCUCAAAUCCUGCCUCUGUGGUGUGUGUGCGUGUGUAUGUGUCGCCAAACAGCCUUUAUUUUAAUGGGAAAAACCCUUUAAGCCCCACUCCCUGCCUGUCCCCAUGUAAAAUUUUGUUGACUCUCUGCACUUUGGGAUUCAGGCAGCAAUUCUUUGCCUAUAGAGCUGGAAGGGAGAGGAGAUCUUUGUGUAGAGGGGGCAAGUUCCAGACUGCUGGGCAAGAAGAGAAACCAUCUGACUAGAGGUUACAGUGUGGUACUGACUCUGAGGACGAAAACAGAGCAUGAUGUUUUUCUGAAAGCAGGAGCAAGGCAGCCAGCGGGGGCAGCAAGUGGCCCAGAGCAACCCAGGACAUAACUGAGGGAAAACCACUGAGAACAGUGCAGUGGAGUAGGACACAAACACUGGAGCAGCGUCCUGCUAAAGAGUCCUUUCCUUACCAAAAGACUUUACCUCCUUUUUUGUUUCAUUUCUCUUUGUUUGUGUUCAGUUUGGUUUUAUUGUUUUAAUUGCGUGUUUGAGGCUUGGUUUCAAUAAUGUCGGGGGACGUUUGGUCAGACUUCAGUUCAGUGACUGAGAGGUAAAGGAAAGAUUCAUAGUGUCACCCCUUUGUUUUCUUCUUGCUGUCCUCCGAAAGGUGGUUGUUGGCACCUUUUUGUGUGUGUGUCCUGUCUUUUGCUUCUGCUGCAGUAAUGCCCCGAAAGACUCAUAUCCCCGGCUCAGCCCUCUAGCACUGUGAGUGACUCCAUGUGAUUAAUGUGGCCUCAUAUGUUCUCAACCAGCUACACAGCCCCCCCACCACCAGGCAACACAGUGCUCAUGCAGAGUUGCCUUCAGAGUUAUGUUAAAUCCAUACUGCACAGCCAGAUAGAUUCAACCUUAAUGUCAAUAUCAAAGCUCAGGCAGUGUCAAUAUCAGCUCAGUAGCAAACAUGGUAGGGGUUCUGGAAUGCUGAGCAAGUUCUGCACAGUGAGAACUGCUGAGUAAAACUGAGCUUAAUCUCUUCAGUUUUGCUUUGGAGGGUAGCAGUCAAGCAGAUAAUACUUCAUUCCUGCAGAUGACCUGAGGAAUGCUUCUGUCAUUCUGGCUGACUGCCUGUUCUAAUGCAGUUGCUUUAGUAGGAGUUUACAUAGGUAGUAUUUAGCUUCAGCUCUAGACCAAGCACUAGGAAGAGAAAAGCCUUAGCUUUAGAACCCCUUGGUUGGGUGGACUUUGACUUUGGUCAACUAGCUAGUGAGUUGGCUAAGGCUACCUAGUAAAAAUGUUUGUGAGGUAGCUCACAUUAACGUUAGGAAAAUAAAAAGGUAAAGGUUAGCCAUUUCACCAACCUUCUUAGCUAGAGUAAAUAGCUCAUUCAACAUAAAAGGGUUAAGGUUAGCUACAACCCAGCCACAUUAGGUAGUUAGCUAGCUAACUGAAACACACUGAAUGACAAGAGUGAUUUUAAGCAGUUGUGUUUUUUUGUUUGUUUAUUUUGCUUAACAAAAUACUUUCUCUUAAAUAGUUAAUUUGUGCUACAAACUUUUAACCAACAUUAAUUUGAGCUACCUCAACGAUUCGGCUAGCCAGCUAACUUAGGUAGCACACUAGCUAGUUGCCUAACAUUUGCUCAAGCUGAGGCUUUGCCCAUUCUGAGGCUUGGUCUGUGGAGCCAAAAUGUCCUUUGGUAACAUACCAAAAUGUUGGCUAAAUCAUGGUGUUAUUGUGUUCUCCACUCUGCAUAUGGAAACCACCUCUAUGCUUAUCUGAGGCUACCCUCACAGUGUGUGAUAUAAUGUUUCUGUUGAACAUUACAUGUUUAUCCCUAGAUUAGCACCAAGGCCCCAAGAGCUUUCUGAAGUUUCUUCCAUCACUGUGGGCUCUAAUCAUUUAGCAAUAUUGUAAAGUUUCAUAGAAAAGUGCUUGGAUAAGCUGUGUUGCCAGUCUAGCUGAGAGGAUAUUGUAUUCUAUAGCUCAUCUCUGUGAUGUGAGCUGCAGUACUUUGGCCUUCGCCAUGUCCUUUCCCUCCACUCUCUGUAACUAAUACCUCUGUUUUGUUUCCAAUCUCUUUCUUUAAGCAAGCCAUUUGUGGCAUUGUUUAGAAGUCUGUGUAUCAUGUGAGUUAAAAGUGAUGAGUAUGAUGAGGGCCUGUACUGUAUAUUGGGUUUUGUGGGUGUAGUGACCUUAUACAGCAGAGCAAUGGAGUGCGUCUUGUGUUCAGUCCUGUUUUGAGUUUGUGAAGGAGUCUUGUCUGCUUCUCUGAAUAUGUGAAAAAAGGGAUGAAAAAAAGCUGUGAUAUAGAAAUAUAAUCAUUUCAUCAUAGUAGGAAGAGAGGCCAAGAUGGCAGCACCUAUGUUGUGUUCAUUUUAGUCUUAAUUUUAGGGGAGAAAUUUAAAAAGGCACUGAUACUAAUUUAUUAAUAAUUAGCUGCAUACUGGAAAAAAGAAGGGUCAGAAACUGUAGCUUGUUCCUGGCCAUGAAUGCGGUCAAUUUCGUCUGACUUUUCUGCAAUGUAUACUGAUGACCAGCAGGGGACAGCAUGCCAAAAGGAGUGUAACUAAAGGUCUGGAAUGAUUUCACUGUAUUUUAAUGCAUCUGACUGCAACACAUUAGGAGGAAAUCUGAGUUAGGACAGUUUUUAUUUUUUAAGGUUAAAUGGGGAAAAAAAUGCAGAGCUAUAUUUAAAGUGUCUUGUGUUCGCUGUAGUAAUUUAUAUAGAUGUGACUUCUGUUGUGAAUGUUGUUUUUUAAAAAAAAAUAAAUGGAAAAGAAUGCUCA